AUGGAAGAAACGACAACAAACUCGAACAUAGAGAGUUUAUGCAAAGUUUGUGGGGACAAGGCCUCAGGAAAACAUUAUGGAGUGGCCAGCUGUGACGGUUGCAGGGGCUUCUUCAAACGCAGCAUCCGCAGAAAUUUGGAAUAUAUAUGUAAGGAGAAUGGUUGUUGUGUGGUGGACGUCACAAGGAGGAAUCAGUGUCAAGCUUGUCGCUUCAAGAAAUGCCUCCAAGUGAAUAUGAAACGAGAUGCUGUGCAGCAUGAGAGAGCCCCAAGAUCAGUUCAGAGUGGUUUACACUAUCCUCUUGGAUUUGGCGGUAGACUAAGAGGAAUCCACAGUUCCCCAAUAUACGGUGCAAUACCGAUGCACCAUCUUCAAGUUCCCAACGUAUCAGAUCCUUUUCCACCUCUCUUCACAACAAACCAUGCAGGCUCCUAUUUUCACCAAAGUUUUCUUCAUCCAAACUUCAUCAAUUCACUAUCAAAACCAACGGCGAUACACACCGGAAACUUGUGCAUGUCACCUUCCUACUCCAUGAAGCAAUCAAACUUGAAUAGUCUCCAUCAAAUUGCAAUAAAGGAAGAUGAGGUUAGCAGUUCAGAAGAAGGGCACUUGGAGAAGGGUACAGACGAAAACCUACAGUUCAAAAGCCGACUGGAAAUACCCAUUUUGAGCGAUGUAAAUAGGAACAAUACGAGGAUAUCAGAACAUUCAAAUCUCACCUUAUUUCCUGUAGAGAACAUUUAUGAAUCUGCUGCUAAAUUACUCUUUCUUGCGAUAAAAUGGGCGAGAACGAUUCCUUCAUUUCUUCAGUUGUCUUUCAGAGAUCAGUCAAUUCUUCUGGAGGAGAGUUGGAGUGAACUUUUUGUGCUUACUGCUUCGCAGUGGGCUCUUUCCCUAGAUGAAACUGUCCUGAUAAGUAACGCUGUGGCACCAUCUUCAAGACAUUCAGCUUUGGAAGAUGAUGCAAGAAAACUCCGAGAAAUUAUUAACAGAUUGACAGUUCUUAGACUGGACCAUACGGAGCAUGCUUGUUUGAAAGCACUUGUCCUCUUCAAAGCUGAUUGCCGAGGACUUUGUGAACCAAGUCAUAUAGAACUCCUCCAAGACCAGACGCACAUGAUGCUGCAAGAAUAUUGUGGCCAAAGGCAUAACGUGAAUAAGGGUAGAUUUGGAAAAUUACUCCUCACUCUUCCUGCAAUACAAUCGGUACCUAAAAGGGGCCUUGAGGAACUCCUUUUCAGACAGACAGUUGGGGAUGUUGCAAUUGAUAGAUUACUGGCUGAUUUGGCUAAAAAUACUCAAACUCACUGA